GCUUUCGGCUUUUUUUCUGCUGACUGCUAAGAUUUCCUAUAGAGAGCUGCAACAAUGCCCAAAAGAAAGGCUGCAGGUCAAGGUGAUAUGAAGCAAGAGCCAAAGAGAAGAUCAGCCAGACUGUCUGCUUUGCCUGUGCCCAUUAUACCAGAGUUGAAGUCCAAAAGAACAUCAACUCCAAGGAAAAUGAAGACCAAAAAUGAUAUGAUGGGAAAAAACACAGAUGCAAUUGCCAAAACCAUAGCUGAAACAAAGAAAGAAGUUGUUAAAGAAUACAACAAUGAAGCUGCUGAAAAUGGAGGAGCAAAAAUUAUAGAGGCACCAGUUCCUGAAAGAGAAAUAGAGGAAAUAAAAGAAGAAAAAAUUGAAGAUAUCAAAGAAGAAGGAGAAGAAAAGAAAGAGGUAGUGGCAAAAGAUGGAAAAGAAGAUGAAAAAGGAGAUGGAGAUCAAAAUAAGGAAGAAGUGAAAGGAAAAGAUAUAGAGGAGGACAAAGAUGGAAAAGGGAAAGAAGAUGAAAAAAAA